GCGCAGAGCAUGCCGGGUAAAGUUUCCGGAAGCGACGAACCGGACCCGAGUCCCGUCGGAGUUUGCCCAGUUUGCCCGGACGGGACGGGACGCCAAAGGUAGCCGGGCCACCCGAAGCUGCGCCCUCACCCUCCGUCGUGAAGUCAUGGUAGCCUAAAUCGGCCUACGCCAAGCAAAGAGACAGCCACUGAAGAAGGCCACUCUUCCGCCCUUGGUACAGAUAGUGCACGCCCCCCUCCUCUUCCCCAGAUGGGUAUGUGGUGGUUCCAGCAAGGCAUGUGUGCCCUGCCCACGGCUCUGGUGUUGUGGACAUCUGCGACGUUCAUCUUUGCCUACAUCACAGCUGUGGUGCUUAAUCACGUGGACCCACUGGUACCAUACAUCAGUGACACGGGGACAGUGGCUCCUGAGCGCUGCGUGUUCGGAAUAAUGCUGGACAUCUCCUCCUUUCUCGGCAUCGCCACCAUUUAUGUCCGGUACAAGCAGGUGCAGGCCCUGGUGGACCAGGAGGAGUCCACACUGCAUAUUCUCAAUCAGGUCGGCCUGGUUCUGGGCUGGCUCAGCUCUUUUGGGAUGUGCGUCGUCGCCAACUUUCAGAAAACCACUUUGUUUUCCAUGCACUUGGUGGGGGCAGUGUUGACCUUUGGCAUUGGGGCGCUCUACAUCCUGGUGCAGACGCUGCUGUCUUACCGCAUGCAGCCACGGCUGCACGGGAAGGGGAUCUUCUGGGUGCGGCUGGUAGUGGGAAUCUGGACCAUCACCAGCAUCAUCAGCAUGUUCGUGUCAUCGGUCAUCAUGUACAGCAGUUUGCCUGGAGUGAACGUCGAGAAAAAGCUGCACUGGAUUCCAGGGGAAACAGGUUAUACUCCUCACAUCGUCAGCACCAUCUCUGAGUGGUCCUUGGCAUUCUCCUUUAUCAGCUUCUUCCUCACCUACAUCCGAGACUUUCAGAAAAUUACACUGCGGGCGGAAGCAACCCUGCUUAGCCUCCACCUGCAUGACACCCCACACUACGACGACCUGAGCCAUGGGGAACGAUCGCCACUGCUUGCCGGCAGCAUGUGAGAACAUCGCUCCCUAGUGGUGUGGAGGUCCUGCACUGGGGACCCAUUUUAAGCCUAUGGGCAUCAUCAGAAGAGGCUGUAAAAAUCCUCCUGGACUUCAUGACAGUGUUACAUGUGGCCUGACAAAAGUUGAUAUAAGAUCCUGAUUUAUUAUUUUUCUUUUUACUUGAUUUUAGGAAAAUCACAGCAACUUAAAGAUCUAGCUUGAAAAAUUAAUCAAAUAGUACAUACCCUAUAGCAAUGUUUCUCAACCUGGUCCUUGCUCAGUGUGGACAGUCUGGCAGAGAGCUGGGAAUAAGCAAAAAUGUGGACCAUCUGGGAGGGAGCAAAAAUGUGGACAGCCUGAGAGGGAGCAAAAAAUGUGGAUUGUCUAGGGAUCCCAGAGGACUGGUAUAGGAAACACUGCUCUAUAGCAUUAAAUACAUCUGACAAACUCAUUUGUGUGCUAACAGACCGGACCCAGCAGUUCACUCAUUUCCCAUCACACUCUACACCAGGCUGCUGUUUAUUGGUCAUGUGACCUGGGGGUGGGGGUGUUCCACAAAGCAGUAUUUCUGAAAUAUCUGGGUUAACUUAAGGUAGAAGUCAUGAUUGUAAAAUAGAAAUUUAGGUAAGGAGCAUUCCUAUUGGACAAUUCUAUCUUAAAUUAUCUAGCUAUUUGAGAAAUCCUGUUUAUGGGGAAUUUGUUUAACCUGACAUGAACCACAAGCAGGCUUAUUGCAAGAAGUCACAUGGGGUUGUGCGUAUGGAGUGACACGAUUGCUAAAUGCUGUUCUCUGUUGAAGUUUCAGUCUUUGGGUUCUUUAGUUCCUUCUAUCUUGAAUAUGCUAGGAUUUUUGCUGCAGUUCUGAAAUCUUGCAUCUUUCUGGAGAAGUUUUUGGAGCACAAAGCUACUGACAGACCGUUGUGUUGAAAGUCCUUGACCUUUGAACCUUAUUAGUUUUUGUGUCAAAUUCGCAGACACCUUUUUUUGUGAUCGGUUGUUACAACUGUUACACAAGGAUGGGGAGGCAACGGCAGAACAGUUCAUAAAUGUCAUAGAAGAGGAUAACAAAGUGAAUACUGUGAAAGAGCAGCCGCAGAUUUGCAUUCUGUGAUUUCUUAGCUGCGGUUUCUGUCGUAUCCCAUAAUUCCAGCCAUUUUCUUCUCCACAACCGCACUCAUUGAACAUGAGAGGAGCUCAAACGCCUCUUCUUCUACUGCAUGUUUCACUUUAUCUGUCGAGUGUUUGUGCCUUGGAACGAAAAGUGAGAUGUAAGAGAUCUUGUGAGAGGUUUCUGGGACUCAGGUGCAAGCUUCUAUUCCAGUGAACUCAACACUGCGUUUAAACUGAGAUACAUGCCGCCCCCAGGUUAAGUCUGUUUUUAAAUCGAAUUUGUAGGUAAAUCAGAACAAUAUUGUAUGCGGUUAAAAUUGUAUAGUAUUAAUAACUACAUACGGUACAGUACUGUACCUCACUGUUACUGUACUGUACUGUGCCGACGAACCACUGAUGCCAUGCAAUGUUUUCACAAGUAUCUCAAAGUACUGCACAAAUUUUUAAUAUAACAGGCUUUAUGGCAGUCCAUUCAUAAGUACGAGUUGUCUGUCCCAUUGAAACAGAUACUCAUUCACCACACAGCGCUGUAGUGGCACAUCUCAGUACAAGUAUCAGCUCCUCCAUGAUGUUCAAGCUAUCUUCUACCAGGAUGAGGAUUCUGGUCUGAAAGAACAGCAGCUACUGCCCUGUCUUUGUUCAGGUAGUUUCUUGAUGAUGUCCAAGAAUUGAAUUCCACCUUGUUAUCAGAGUUAACAAGUUUGUGCUCAAGCAAGUGUCGACGCAGCCAUUUCAAGGCGGUUGUGGCGACUGUGUAAUGAUGGAAAUGCGAAACAGGACGGCUGGCAGAACCGACCACAUGACUGAAACUUUAGCUUAAACCCAUCAGUCAUGACAAGUCACAAAACAAGCAUGCGAGUCCCAUUCGAGUUGGCUGCGGUUAGCCAAGACAGUAUCGCUUGCGUUGUCAUACACAUAUGCUGUGGCUUUACCGUUUAAUGCCUACCGCUGAGUACCUGUAGAAGGCCAUUGGCUAGGUCUUCAGCGGUAUGCCUCUCUGGCUUUGCCCUCGUUUGUGUAACCGCAUUUCUCAUUCCCCAAUUGACAUUAUAAUGGCUUGUAAUGGUGACAUGAUUCAGUAGUGAGUGCAGUCCAUAAAUCGGUAGCCAGAGAUUUUUAACAUUUGACAGCUGAUUGGAGCUGAGCAGCGCUAUCCUCGUAUAAUUUCUUGAGUCUUUAGGUUUUAGUUCUUAAGGAUGGAACUGUGAAUCCAGGUUUGAGAAAUAGCAUUACAUUUCUUUGCCUUCCACAAAGCUGACUAGAAGCAGAUGCUUUGCAACCAAUUUGUGUGAUAAGGGUAGGUGUUUGCUCUGCACGUGUGUGGAAUCACAGUGACAGGGCCUGGGGACAAAGCCGCCCUUUCACUGCUGAAUACUGUUAGGAGGCUUUAUGGAGCAUGGUUUUGGGGAAACAGUUAUUUACCACUUUUGAACAACAGAUUUAGCACUGUAGAACUGUCACAUCAUGCCCUGACAAUAGUGAUCAAUACAGCUUAUUUUCGUGGUUUAAUUUUUGGGGACAGCAUAAUGCCUUACACAUAGCCUACAUUGCCCCCUGGUGUACUGGGUGUGUUUACAUUGAGCUUCAGAAAGAACGGAUAAACCAGAACUAAUUAUAUUGCUGGUAAAUAUUUUCAAAUAUUAAGACUGAUUUUAUACAAAACGUUCUUUAAUAUCCAAGUUAACAGUGCCGACACAUCCCUUAUUUAUAACCAGCUCCUAAGUCACUGAAUCACAUGUACCACUAGAGGGCACCAGAGUUAAUAGCAAAACAUCAAGUUUUGGGGUACUGGUUCUUCUGUAACUGGUGCAGGCAGAAACAGUAGUUGCUUACAAAGAGGGCUUGAUCUUCUUCCACACAGAAAAACUGACAUGUCAACAGCUGCAACGUACCUUGAUUACAGACUUACCUCAGAUUUACUUCAGAAUGACAAGUUAUUCUUAAAAAGAUAAAUUUAGUAGUUCUUCAAAUAAAAUGUUUCUCUGAUUACAAUACUGGCAUACUGAAUUUUGUAUUGGAUAUUCAUCUGUCAUUUUUAUCAUCUAUUAUACCAUUUUGUUUGUUGACUGUACCAUUUGUUAAAAUAAACUUUUACUUUUUUAAAAUAAA